AUGUCGGAUGGACAUCUCUUCAAUAAUAUCCUCCUCGGAGGACGCGGUGGAACGGUGACUGUCGCAUCUUCUCUCUGUCUCUGUCUCUCGCUCUAUCCAUCUCGACACUGAUUCUGGUGCUCCCUUUACGAAUUGUUGUAGAGUUCACACCUCCGAUUCUUCUAGUUUGUGCUCCUGGUUGCAGGAUGUAAAAAUCACCAUGCUGAAAUCUCUUCCUUUCGUCUUCUAGCGUUGCGCUCUCUUCUUUUUCUGGUUUUUGUUGCUUUCCAAUAGUCAUAAAUCGGUCGCCUUGAUUCUAGAUUUCCGAGUGCCGGAUACGCUUCUGGUUUUUGCCGCGUGGAGAAUCCGUGGGAGACUUGGCGUUCCUUACCCGCGGAUUCCAUGACGAUUGGGAUUGCCUCGUCUGUGAGAUCGAUCCCCAAUGUUUUCCGUCUUUCUGGUUUCUGCUCCAUGACGCGGAUCCCGAGCUACCUUUGAUUCGUGAUGAAUAGAUUAUUCAGGCCCUCACAUUGUUUUAAGCAGCCAGGUGAUAAACUAAAAUAGGAAAUUCCGUCUCGAUCGAUCCUCUGUUCUGAAGAUUUCGAAAUCUGUAGGGGACGGGAAUCUUAGAUCUGUGUUCGCUUCUGGUUUUUUCUUCCCAGAACCCGGGCCAGCUCAGGGUGCAUUCAGGAGGGAUUGCAUGGAAGAAGCAGGGAGGGGGGAAGGUGGUUGACCUCGGCAAGGGUGACAUCGCUGGGGUGACCUGGAUGAAGGUCUCAAGGGGAUACCAGCUCGGUGUCCGAAUAAAGGAUGGCCUCUCUUACAAGUUCACUGGAUUCCGCGAGCAGGUUUUUCUCUCUUUCCUUCAAUCUAAUAUCUCAUCCAUUUGUUCUUCAGUACAUUGUCUGUUCCUAUUUGUGGUCACAUAUUUGAUUUAUUUCCAUGAAAGAUGCAGAGAAGCAUCCUUUCUUUGUGGCACUGUGAUAAUUCGAAUGAGUAAUCAGAGAGAAAGAAAGAGCAGGAGCUCGGUCUAUACUGUAGUCUAAGUCAGUUCUUAUAUCUUUUCUCCUAUAAAUUCUUAGACAGAACUUUCUUCGCGAGAGGUAAAUAACUAGUCUAUUUGUGCAUCAAUUAGUUUAAUCUCGGGAAAAUGAAUGAUAUCUACUUCUUUCGCUUCAAAUUAUAUCCAAGGUUUCGGGAUAAACUGAUUGUUUCACUGAGAAAAUACCUCAACAAGUUUUUCUGUUCCAUCCUGUUUUUCGCUCUAGGAAUGUUAAAACCCUAUUUUUUUCUAAGUGAAUUAUGAUGCAACACACUACCGAGACUAGUCUGGUGUGUUUCUUCUCAGAAAAAAAAAUCACUGAUAAUAUCCAUCAAACUGAUCAAAAUUAUAAGUUAAUUGGAUCCGAUGAAUUACCUUUUAAAAUGUCCAAACAAAAGAAACCAACCUAAGAAUGGAAGCUACAUGAUGGAAAAAGAACUUUGUUCUGCAUUGCUCUUAUAUGUAUUAGUAAAAAACAAAAAAAUAACAGAUUCAUUUAUUCCCCUGAAUCACUGAACGUCAGUUGAGGAUUUUGGAUUUUGAAAUAAUUUAGCCACAGAUAACUAUGCUAGUUACUUCAUGCCAGUGUGGUACACCGAGUAGUUAAGCUAGUGGUUUGGAACGCUCCGCCAAUCUUAUUCUCAUUUUUAGGGAAUCUACUCUCUCCUUAACUCUUUUUUUUUUCUUGGGCAUCAAAGGAUGUUGGUAAUUUGACAAGUUUCAUUCAAAAAACCAUCGGGAUAACACUAGAAGAGAAGCAGCUUUCUGUGAGUGGCCACAACUGGGGCGAAGUUGAUAUAAAUGGUGAGUACAUUUGAAGUCUCAUGCAGAUUCUCUGAUUCCCUGCUUUUAUUUUUUCAUUUGUUGUUCUUCUUAGCCUCACACAACUUCCUGUGAAUCAUCUGUGUUCUUCCUUACAAUGCGGCACUAGUGUUUUGCCGUGAACAAACUUCAUUUCUUCCCAUUUUUCAGCAUCCUGAUCGGCCUCCCAGUUGCAUCAUAUUUGUGGAUAAGGACGAAAUAAAUGAUUUUUAUGGCAUAUUCACGAGGAAAAUUUAAAGAAUUAACGAGCUUUAAAAACUGGCCUAAUUUUACAGUAUUAAGCAUUGAGUGUUCAAUUCUAUCCCUGCGGAGUUUCAAGCUUUUUUGUUCGAAAAUGAACAAACUGCAAUAUCAACGCUGCUAGUCAGUGAAAUGCCAUAGUUUCUUCCAUUCCUUUCAUGGGAAAAUUCUUGAAAGCGAAGAAGAUUGGUUGGUGUCUCAACAAUUUCUUCCUUGGGGUAUCUAUCUGGAGUGAAUAAUCUUAUUUGGAGUCAUAUAUGAGGCAAGACCAAUUCUAUUCCCAAGGGUUAUGGAUUAAUGUGGCUGGGGAUGGGGCUUAUUAUAAUAAUAAUAAUAAUUAUUAUUUUAUUUCAUUUUGAUCACGAAGAACUCCACAGGGUUCUGGAGAAGGCAGUUCAUCUCACCUUUGCUCACUUCUUACAUUUCUUCCAUUGGUCUCCAAAAAUAUUCAUUGCCUCCCUCAAUGGAAAGAAAUUCCGAAUAUAUUUCACAAAUGGAAAAUAAAUAAUGAUUUUAAAUGUAGGAAAUUAUAACAUUUUUUGUUGCAUUUGUCCAGGGAAUAUGCUAACUUUUAUGGUUGGCUCAAAGCAAGCAUUUGAGGUAUCCUUGGCAGAUGUUGCUCAAACUCAGCUCCAAGGGAAGACCGAUGUAUACCUGGAGUUUCAUGUGGACGACACCACUGGGGGUAAUGAGGUUGGAUUUUCUCAACAUGCGAGGGCCAUUUAUUUCCUCUUUUCCUCUACUUCUCUUGUCGCUUGUUUCUGGGCAGACACUUUUCAUGUGUAUGGUAUGUAAACUUGUUUAUGGGAAGAACUUGUUUUAAUUAUAGAUUAUCAUUGGCCUACAAGAUAUUGGAAAAUAAAAUGUCUUUUUCUUUGCAGUGUGAGGUUUCUAGGCCAUUUAUACCUUUUCAUUUGUUCUCAAUGUAUUUGAGAAAAAAGGAAAUUAUUUUUUUCCAGUGUGAGGUUUCUUGUAUAUAUAUAUAUAUAUUUCCAUAAAUCAGAGGGGAAGACAAGAUUUAUAUGCUUGUAAUCAUAUGUUUACAGGAAAUCUGAGAAGAAGUGCAGUUUUUUUUUUUUUGUUGCAGUGUGAGAUUUAUAUAGUAUAUAUAUAUAUAUAUAUAUAUUAAAAAUGUAUUAAUUUGAUGAAUAGACUUACGUUCUUUUAUGGAUCGGAUGCCUUCUCUUUUAUCAGCAUUAACUGCUAAUAUUUUGCUGAUAUGCAUGAUACGCCACCCUGGAAGCUGUUUAUAUUUCUAACAUAUCCAUGGUGCUUCUUCUAGAAAGAUUCACUGAUGGACUUGAGCUUCUACAUACCGAAUUCGAACACCCAGUUCGUCGGGGACGAAACCCGCCCUCCGGCUCAGGUGAAGCCACUUUCUUCACCCUAUUUUCCACAGCAUGAACCAAUUAUUAAUGAAUUCCCGACUGAUUUUAUUUAUUUAUUUUUAUAAACAGGUUUUCCUGGAGAAAAUCUCCUCCAUGACUGACGUCGCCUCCUCCAGUGAAGAAGCCGUCACUACUUUUGAGGGGAUCGCCAUCCUCACCCCAAGGCACCGAGACCUUCUCUCAACCCAUUCUCUCUCUCUCUCUCUCUCUCUCUCUCUAGCUUGGUCAAGGGGUGACGUACGGCUUGUUUCUUCAGAGGGCGCUACAGCAUCGAUCUUCACCUUUCGUUCUUGCGGCUCCAAGGGCAGGCCAACGACUUCAAGAUACAGUACAGCAGCAUCGUCCGCAUCUUUCUCCUCCCCAAGGUAGGUACAUAUGAUUCACCAGGAGAACUAUCUCUAUUUUCUCCGCAUUAUCUCUCAAUAAACUCGUGAUUUUCUCAGUCGAAUCAGCCUCACACUCUGGUCGUCGCCACCCUCGACCCUCCCAUCCGUAAAGGGCAGACGAUGUAUCCCCAUAUCGUGAUACAGGUACGUUCAUUUAUUCCAUAGAGAUAUCAAGAUGAGUUUUUUAUGCUACCCAUUAUUGAACCCACCCCUAACCCCCUCCCCUAUUAAUUCCAUAAAGUUUGAGACGGAUUAUGUGAUCGAAAACAACCUGGCUCUGAGCGAAGAACUGUUGGCCACCAAGUACAAGGACAAACUGGAAGCAUCGUAUAAGGUAUGCAUGAAAAUCAUUAGACCUUAUAUGUGGGAGGGAGGAAUAUGUGAAUAAGAUGUACGUUGGGGCAUGCAGGGCCUGAUCCACGAGGUCUUCACCUUGGUCCUGCGGGGAUUAUCUGGUGCGAAGGUCACCAAGCCUGGGAAAUUUCGCAGCUGCCAAGAUGGGUUCGCCGUGAAGUCGUCGCUGAAGGCUGAGGACGGCCUGCUGUACCCUCUGGAGAAGGGGUUCUUCUUCCUCCCGAAGCCUCCGACGCUCAUCCUCCACGACGAGGUAUGUAUUUACGAGAUGAGAUCUCAUUCUUCUUCGUCUUCUUCUUCUUCUUCUUGUUCUUCGUAUGAUUCUGCAGCCGCUGUGUUUCAGAUCGAUUAUGUCGAGUUUGAGAGGCACGGAGCGGGAUCGACCAGCGCCCACUACUUCGAUCUUUUCGUGAAGCUGAAGAGCGAGCAGGAGCUCCUGUUCAGAAACAUCCAGAAGAGCGAGUAUAGCAACCUUUUCAACUUCAUCAGGUCGAUUCUCGUCACCUGUUCGGAAGCAUAUAAUUCGAUUAUGGUCCCGCCUGCAUUGAGUUCGAGUCUCUGAUGAUUUUCAGCGGGAAGGGUAUGAAAAUCAUAAACCUCGGAGAUGGGAAGAACGCGAACGGCGAGUCGCAUGGAAUCGACGAGGACGACGAGGACGACGACGCCGUCGAUCCGCAUCUGGCGAGAAUCAAAAGCGCGGCGGGCGUAGAGGAGAGCGAUGAAGAGGUAGAAGAGAUCCUUGAUGUCAUCUUGUUUCUUGGAAAACUGGUGCUCACCGGAGUUGCCCUAAUGGUGGCAGGACGAGGAUUUCGUCGCCGAGAAGGACGAUGAAGGAUCUCCGACGGACGAUUCGGGAGGGGAGGAGUCCGAUGCCAGCGCCAGCGGAGAAGGAAAGGAGGUGAGGGUUUCGGAUUCUUCUUGAUCAUCUCCCCCCCUCUGAUGCGAUGGUGAUCUUCUCGACGGAAGCCUGUGCAGAGAGAUCUAAGCAAGGAAACCUCCGCUCUUCCCAAGGCGCCGUCCUCUUCCAAGAAGAGAGGCAAGGACGGGGAUGCAGAAGGAAAGAAGAAGAAACGACAGCAGCAGCAGCAGCAGCAGAAGAAGAAGAAGAAGAAGAAGAAGGAUCCCAACGCGCCAAAAAGGGCCAUGUCUGGUUUCAUGUUCUUCUCCAACUCCGAGAGAGACGUAAGCUUUCAGCCUUUCGAGCAUUACUCCGCUUUUUCUUCUCUGCAAUUGCCGUUCUUAAUUCUUCACAAAAAUCUGAUCAUGUCGGAUUCUUCGUAAGAUCUCGUCAUAAUUUUGGAUCUUGGCGUUGACCAACGCUAUUUCCUCGUCAGAACAUAAAGAAGGGGAACCCGGCCUUGUCUUUCACGGAUGUCGGAAGAGCUCUGGGCGAGAGGUGGAAGAAGAUGACAGGUACGGUAGUUGAUAUUCGAUGAGAGCCGUCAUUCACUUUCGCAGGGGCUGUCAGUUGGUAGUUUAAAAGGUCUCUGACACGUGGCAUUGACAGCGGAGGAGAAGGAGCCGUACGAGUCGAUGUCUCGGGCGGAUCAGAAACGGUACAAGGCCGCACUGGCCGGUUAUAAAUCCGGUGGUGCCGGUAAUGCAGAUUCGGAUGACGACUCCAGGAGCGAGUGA